CUUAACUCUCACACCGCACGUCCAACACAUCAGCUGCUUUCUGCCGACAGUCCUGCUGGAUUUACCGCUGAACAAAGGAAGAGUAACACCGUCCGCUCCAUCCUGGGAAGGUCAGUGAUGGUCAGUGCUAAUUAGAGCCUGCAGCCGAGGAUGUCUGCUACAGAUUCGGACAACUCCAUAGACUGGCUGGCUAGUGACAAUGAGGACAACGAGAGCGAACAGGAGCUUGACUGUACCAGAAAGCGCAGCCAGACAGAGGCUCCUUCAUCCCCCAACGCCUCGUCACACCUGGGCCCGUCUGACAGUAGCUGCCGCCGCGAGGUGAAGGAGGACGACAGUAACUGGAGCGAGGUCAGGGAGGCCUCCAGUCGGGGAUCUCCUUCCGGCUGCACUGAGACAUGGGGCAGGGACAACAUCGGACUGUGUAAAACACAACAAGGAGAAAAUAUGAAUGGCAAAGACACUCAGCAAGCACUGAAGAGACCUCACCACUUCACAGAGGGGGAGCACAAAGAAUGGCAGCUCAUUAACAACGCAUCAGAGAAAGACCGGAUCUUCACCAGAAAGUGCAUGGAGCUACAAUGCUACAUUCAUCCACUGUCAUCAAUCUUGAAUGGCCUUCGUUCAGGGAGAUACAGAGAACGACUCAGCAGUUUCCAGGAGAGUGUGGCCAUGGACAGGAUUCAAAGGAUCAUGGGUGUCCUGCAGAACCCCUGCAUGGGGGAGAGAUAUAUUAAUAUCAUUCUUAAAAUGGAGGACAUGCUGAAGAGCUGGUUCCCUAACGUAAAACUCCAAGACCAACUUCCUGUCACCCACACAGAGGAAGCAGUUCCCACCAAGAAACUGAAGCUGUCUCCAUCUCCAGUGAUUGCAACUGCAGCAGUGAGCCCCAUCACCGUCAGCGAUCCUCCAGUGGGCACCAAAGCCCUGAGAGUCACCGACCUCACUCCUCCUGGAGCCUACUCUGCCAGUAACCUGAAGUGGCUCCACACGUCACCCAUCUGCUCCCCCACAGCAGAGCAGGCCCAGGCUGGCCCCAGGCACCUGCUGACCCCCAGAGACAGAGACCUAACGCAGGACAACGCUGUGUCCUCCAGCACAGACACCCACACUAAAACAGACUCGGUGCCCAGAGGGCCUCCGCCGGGCAAAAUCAACGCGCCCUGUCUAGAGAGGCUUCUUAAAUCAACAGAGAGCAUCAUCACCCGCAAGGGGACGGGGGGUUUGAUGGACAGCAGCUGGUCCUAGUCCACAUAGAGGGCUGGGUAUCCAGCUGUGAGCACUGCGGAGCCCAGCCUAGCCUUGACUACCCUGCCGGGAGUCAGUCCGUUCGCUUAGCCCAUUCCAGCCUUCAGGGGAGACGGGAGCCUUCAAAAGGGACAUGACAGAUUUACUUUUUAAUGUGGAAGGAGUGUCGACGAACAUGUACUCUCUGUAUGGGAAUGUGCCCUCUCUGACAUGACAAGUGUCUGCUUGGUUUCCCUUUUGUUGACUUAUUUUUGUUUUUCAGUUUGCACUCUUGAAUAGCAUGUGUGAGCGUGGGAAGGAUAGAUUUCACAUGCCGGGGUCACCAGAGCUAGUGAUUUCCCAACUGAAUUUUUCCCACUGGCUUGUAGAUGCAAUAAUACAGUUUGAGUAUCUGUGAAAAUGCCAUUUAUGCCUGAAAGGGAAAGAAUUGCAGAAGUAGUUUGUGCUGGAAGGGAGUAUUUCAGAUAUCCAGACAUGUCAGUGGUCUACAUAUUGUUGUGCUGAAAUGUGUGAAAUGGGUGAAAUGUGACGUUAUUUUCUCCUCCCCCUCAUGACUCCACUCUUAAGUUUAUUGAUGUGACUGUUACUCAUUUGUAUACUUUAUAAAUAAGUCUUGGUACAACUGUUCUACCUCAGCGGGCACCACGUCAUGGAUGGUAAGUAGGAAUGUGAACGCUACGCUCAAAAUCUGGACAACUCACCAGAUCUGCAGUGAGCCAACGGGCCUCUGACAGCGAGGUCUGGAGUAGGGGUCGGUCCGCUUGUACAAACAGAGGAUGUUCUUGUGGCUUGACUGGUGCCAUUGUAAAGAAUGUCAACUGCAGAUUUCUUUUUGGAGUCUCCCAGUAGAAGGCGAACAGUGCCUGUAACGUCAAGCUGUGCCUGUAAGCCGGUUUAAUAAAGCGAGAGCCGUUCAGAAUACCUGCUCCUCUGUGGGAUGUACAAGAUCAGGAAUUCUCACUCUCCUGCCAUUCUCCUGUACCGAGUAAAUUAUUCAGAUCUUGCCAACUACUUUCUGUGGUGGAGUAGAACAAUUCUGUUAUUUUGCCACAGAACUGGACAGUAUGUUAGACCAGCAGAGAGGGACAAGGUAUUUCUCUGUGUAAAUCUUAAAACGGAAAGGUUGUCGAUUCACCCUGAAAAGUGGCCUUUAUAGUGUGAAAUUUUAUACUUUGGAAAUAAACGUGGUUAUAUU